AUGCAUUUUUUUUCUAUUGUUCUCCUCAUCCCUCUGCUGCAUCUACGAGCCUUCAAGAUCUGUCAAUUGAUAGUUCAAAAUAACCUGGCUUUUUCGACCUCUCACAAGCUCAAGAUGAACACAAAAUCCCUGAAGAAAUUAGCCCCACAGUGAGCGAACUCUGACUAGGAGGACUUCAACAGUGUGGGGCAUGGAGGACUUCUGCAGAUUGAAACAUGACCUCUAUCGCCUUCUCUCCACACUUCCAAGACUCCCACUAUGAUUGUACACCCAAAUUGUCGACUACGCCAGUCGAAGACGAGCAUGCCUUCAAGUUGGAAGGACCGAUUUUGCCCAGAGACAGCGUAUCGUUGUCCGGGGAGCGGGAUUACGGAUGUGUGGAGGGUUGGGAGACUCGGGGAUGGAUAAAGCAGCACAUUGGGAGAGUAGUGUCCGGCAAGCAAGGCCAAGAGGACGCUGUGGAUGAGGUAAAGAGACAGCGGAUCUGGGGGAGGGUGGAUGGUAGCAGCCCAAUCAGCUCCGCGACACUAUCCUCCGAGCGACGACCACUCACCCAGCCUUUGACGACGUUCCGAGGUAAUGAUUGGACGGAAUCUUGGCCUGAGACGAUAUGUCAUCGUCCGGCGAGCAAGGCCAGGCAUAUGGGGGUGGUAGAGGGAAUAUGGGAGAUAUGGGCAUUUCCUAUCAGGCGACUACCUCAAGCGUCAUGCCGACAAGGUGUCGCACUAGUCGAAGCAUCAGAAUCAGGGAGAAUUUUGGCUCGAGAUGCCGUAUCAUCAUCCGGCGAGCAUGAGAUGUGGUGGAUGGGAGCAGUGGAUGAAGACAGCAGGAGGAUUUCGGGUCAAGCACGAGAGACCUUUUUUGCAUUGAGACGACGCAUCAUCAUCCGGCGAGCAAGGUCUGGAGUAGGGCGGUAUUAUGAGUGA